AUGAAUCUUUUUUAUCCUUUUCUUUUCUUUGUUCUUUUGUUCAUCAGUUCUGCAUUUUCUGAGUCCAGUGUUGGUGUUGGACACAAUCUUAUCGUUGAAGCUCCUUUGGAGUAUAGAAUUGGUUUCAGAGUUGGAGGUUUUCUUUUGGAGAAUGAUCAGACAGUACCGAAGUACAGAGUUGCAUUGAGUAUUGAAGCUAUCGAUGCGAAAUUCGCAUGCUCAUUGUUGGUUUUUCUUGGAGAUGUUAAGGUUUGGGAUUCUGGUCAUUAUUCUAAGUUUUAUGUCACUGGAAAAUGUUUGUUGGAGUUUAGUAUGGAUGGUGAUUUAAGGCUUAAGGGUCCUAAUGGGAUAGUUGGAUGGAAAACUGGAACUUCAGGACAAGGUGUUAAGAACUUGCAAAUACUGAGGACAGGAAAUCUUGUGCUUGUGGAUGAACAAAACAAUGUAAAAUGGCAAAGUUUCAAUUUUCCAACUGAUGUAAUGCUAAGAGGCCAACAGCUAGAUGUGGCGACUCGAUUAACUUCUUUUAGAAGUAACUCAACGUUGUUCUACUCAUUCGAAAUCGAGAACAACAAGGUAUCUUUGUAUGUUAACUCCGGUAAGUUGAGGUACUCUUAUUGGAACUUUCAACCUACCAUGAAUAGAAGUAUUACAUAUAUUAAGCUGAGUUCAAAAGGGUUGUUAUUGUUUGAUGUAAAAUACAAGAAAAUCGCGCAAAUUCCGUCUCAAAGUCUUCAACCUUUGAAAUUCUUAGCAUUGAAGAAUGAAACAGGAAAUAUUGGCCUUUAUUACUAUUCACCAGAGAAAGGAAAAUUUGAGGCUUCUUUUCAAGCACUAAACAGAACAUGUGACCUUCCAAAUUCUUGUAAACCUUAUGGUAUAUGUACAUUUUCAAACACAUGUUCAUGUAUUCAAAUUUUGACAAAUGACAAAAAGAGUAGUACUAGUUCUGAUUGUGGCAAAGGAUUUUCCGGAGGGUUUUGCCGCGAUGAAAAGGCGGAAAUGUUGGAAAUUGAUAAUGUAAGCAGUGUGCUCAAGGGUGUUCCUGAAACGGUUAAUAUUAGCCGAGAAGCAUGUUCGAAUUUGUGCUUAAGGGAUUGUAAAUGUGCUGCCGCGUUGUAUUUUAGCAACGCGAGCGUUGGAGCCGCGGAAUGUUAUCUUUAUAGAUUAGUACUUGGUCUUAAACAGGUAAAUAAAGGAUCAGGAUUUAGUUAUAUGGUUAAGGUUCGAAAGGGAAUCGGUAGAAAUCAUGAGAUGCAUGAUGUGAAAAGAUGGAUAUUUGUAGUAGUAGGAGUUUUUGAUGGUUUUAUAGUUAUGAUUCUUGUUGGAGGUUUUGGUUAUUGGUUGUUCAGAAGGAGAAGUAGUGGAUUGAAUUCUUGA